CUGACGCCGGCACGUCCUGGCAGCAGACCUGCAGCCGGCGGCCUCGGCGGAGCGGAGCGUAGACUCACUACUCACCAGAGGAACGUUGUCAUGUGGUUGUCGUGGUGCUCGGCAGGUUUGACUCAUCAGCCAGACUGUGGCGUGACAGGGAAGGAGUAGAGUGACCUUGGUCAAUAAAGCGUGUGUCGCAGGGUGAUUCAGGAUGGUGGACCAGCCUCCGUGGGAGCAGAUAGGUUCCAGCUUCGUGCAGCACUACUACCAGGAGUUUGACUCUGACAGAACACAACUCGGAUGCAUAUAUAUAGAUGCAUCAUGCCUCACGUGGGAAGGACAACAGUUCCAGGGAAAAAGAGCAAUUGUCGAGAAACUCUCUAGCCUCCCCUUCACAAAAAUAGCGCAUAGUAUAACAGCGCAAGAUCACCAGCCAACUCCAGACUGCUGCAUCUUGAGUAUGGUGGUAGGACAGCUAAAAGCUGACGAAGACCCCAUCAUGGGAUUCCAUCAGAGCUUCAUCCUCAAGAACAUUAACGACGCAUGGGUGUGCACCAAUGACAUGUUCAGGCUGGCCAUUCACAACUUUGGCUAGGUCCCGCUCCCCGCCCUGGUGGGCCGGGGCAGCCAAAGGGAAGGGCACUGUGCGAAGUAUGGAUGGACGGACGGACGGUGGGGGAGGGAGGAGUCGAGGAUGGAGAGAAGAGGGAAAACUCGUCUCCCCCCCCCCCUCCUGCUGUCUUGUAUACAUACGCCUGUCUGGAAAAUCAAGCAAACACCGAAUUGUCGAUGUCAAUCACUGAACCUCAUCCAGGUGGGUGUUCAGACCACCCCCCCCAGCGAGAAGAACUGCAGCGCGUUUGUUCCUGAGAGCCGGCCGACCAAUCAGACGCCUCAGUCUGCCACUCUGCUGCUCUGCAUGACGCUGGGAGACCCUCAUUACAAGAUCUACACUCAAGCCACCAGAAAGACAAAACAGCUGACCGACGCCAUUAACGCCUCCUCUCCUCUGCUCGGCUCCCUUCCCUUCGUUACUCUAUUCUAACCCGUUCUACUGUUGACUCCACGGCUGUCACCUCAGCUCUGGUAGCACUGCUGUUGACUGGUUUGUAGAUCCAUGUUCAGGUCAGCACAGUCAGCUUCAUCUUCACUUCUGACUCGUGUUAUAAUUUGUUUUUAGGUGACACUUGUGCAUUGACUUUAGCUUGCCUUAGUGCAUUUUACUGAUUUUAACAUUCUUUUGACUCAUUGUUAACUUUGCCAUGAUUCACUCCCAGGUUUUUCCCUCGCAACCAAAGAGUCAUGGAGGACAAAGUUUGACCCUGCUGUGUGAUAUGCUCUGAUCUUACAUACUCUCUCUUUCUAUCUCUCUCUGCCAUUGUCAACCUCAGACUUUCUCACACGUCUGGCAUGGACUACAGCCACGAAACACAAUAAAACCUGGACUUUUUUUUCUUAA